AUGGGAUUACUUCAGACCAAAGCAUCACCUCCAACAACGUCAACCAACAGAUUAUCAGGUAGACGGAGUGCAGGCCUGCCGACCGAUCAGCUAUUGUCAGUUACUAGCUCCAACACACAUUCACCACCAGAAAUCAAACGUACAAGAAGUUCAACUCUUCCAAUAACAACAUUAUUUUCAAGCCGAAGAGAGGACGAUGACAAUUUUGCGAACAUGUAUACCCAUAGUGCAAGACCUAAACCUUCCUUUUCACCAAACUCACCUCAUAAAAACAGUUCAUCGAAAUUACAAAUUGGAUCAUCUGUUGGUGGAGGGUUAGGAAUUGAAUCACCAGUUGACAGCGAAGCAUAUUCACCCAUCAUAAACAACGAUCCAAAUAGUCCAGUUGUCACCAAAUUUACUCAUACCGUAACACUAUCAACUGAUGAAGAGGGAAAUAAGCUUGUAAAUGGAUAUACAAUUAUUUCAACUUUAGGAAAAGGUUCAUACGGAAAAGUCAAAUUGGUUUUAGACAAUGAUAACAAACCUUUUGCUCUCAAGAUUAUGAAUAAGACUCUAUUGAAACGAGUUAAGAAAUCUGGUGGAGGAAAUCUUCUUAUGGACGUACAAAGAGAAAUUGCCAUUAUGAAAAAAUUGUCACAUCCAAAUGUAGUGCGAUUAUACGAAGUGAUGGACGAUAGAAACUCAGAAUUACUCUAUCUUGUUAUUGAAUAUGCUGAAAAUGGAGCUCUUUUAUCUCUUACCGAAACAAACUCAGAAAACGUUGAUACUAAGCCUUGUAAAUUUAGACUUAACCAACUCAGAAAAUACAUGAUACAAGCCAUUGAAGGGAUUCAAUAUCUUCAUUCAAAAGGAAUUUGUCACAGAGAUAUCAAACCAGAUAAUAUUUUGCUUGAUGGAAAUUAUAACGUAAAAAUUUCUGAUUUUGGUGUCAGUCAUAUUUGUGAAGGAAACGACGAUACAGUUAAAGGCUCAGCUGGUACUCCUGCAUUCUUGUCACCUGAGGCAUGCAAGGGAGAGACAUACAGUGGCUUCAAAAACGAUAUAUGGGCUCUUGGAAUUACUUUAUACUCACUUUUGUAUAAUACCACGCCUUUUAAGGGAGAUUCAUAUAUGCAAAUGUAUAAUAGCAUUCAAAAUGAUGAUUUGGAAAUUCCUCCACCGUUUGACAAAGAUGAGUUACUUAAAGAUUUGUUGCACAAAGUUUUAGACAAAAAUCCAGAUACUAGAAUUUCUUUGGAAGACUUUAAAAACCAUUCAUGGAUAAAGGCCCAAUACGAAAUGGACUCCAUUUUACAGGUCACUCCUCAAACUCCUGUUGCAGAACAAGAAAGCACUCCAUCUACGCCAACUGCUCCUUCCGAGCAGCAUGCUGAACCUACCCAACAAGAUAGGCUUCUCUUGAUCGUAAAGAUGAAACAACGAAUGAAGAAAGCUGCUUUGCAAGCAAAAUUGUCACUUGAGGAGCAAGAACGAAAUUUCAACAAGAUACAAGAAGAAGGAGAGGAUUCCAACUUUAAAGGUUUGAUAUCUCAAACAGAACAAACGAAAAUUAGUAAGCAACCAAGUAAGACAAAGAUUCCAGUUGAAGAGUCAAUAUCACACACUCAAAUUUAA